CUGAUUACGUCCAAAGGCAACAGAUUGAGUUGGUCUGUUGCUGUGUCAGACAAAUUGUUCGGUCUCAAGUCAUACAAAGCAACUGUUAGAUUAUUAGCAAUAUCUUGUAUAAACAGUCAUGAUAUGACACUUAAAAAAUUUAUUGAAGGCCCUAAAAUACCUGGAUUUACAAUCGUUUACUCUAUUAACAAAGAUUAUUCAAUUGAAAAAGAAGUAUUGUUACAAUUUGAACAUGGUGGAGUAGUCAAAUUGUUUUCAAAAAAUGAAGAUAAUGAAAAGACAGAUAUGAACGAGACCGAUAAUCAAAAUAUGGAUAAAUACUUUCUUAUUAUUUUAAAUGUUUCUGGGAUUUAUAAGUAUCACUUUGUACACUUGAAUCGCAAAUCUAUUGGCGAAAUUCAAAAAUUAAAAUAUCCAAAGCGAAUAUAUAGUGCCAUGAUUAAUAAUAGCAAAUUAGAUAAUCCUAUGAGUCAUGAUGGGAAACUUGUGCUUGCAAAUUUGAAUUUAAAAUAUAUUCUAAGAUGUUUAGAUAAGCAUUAUUUUUUCGUAGAUACUAUACGUGGGGGUGCGCGAUACAUGGAACUUUACAAUUUAAAAACAAACCAAUUAGUAAUUACCUUUCAUAGACAAAUUUUAUAUGAACUAGAUUUCAUGGCAGAUGUUCCUGAUAAUUUCGCAAUAUCAAACAAUAGCAAAUUAUUAGCAUAUAGAUCUGGAAGUAGAGUUAAAUUAUUCUUGAUUGAGUGUGGUUUUGAGAUAGCAUCUAUAGGGCUUGAGACUGGCGAAGAAUCUUCUAUUGAGUCUUUCAUAUCGAACUCCUUCAUAGUCGUUGUUAAUAACAAGGAAGAGAAACAAGGUAUUCUUUCCGAGUAUAAGCGAAUUUAUGAUGAUCUAAUCUUAGAGCAUUUAAAGAGGAAUGAUGACGAACAAGGCUUGAAAGUUCUACCGCAAAAAGGAGACUAUCAUCAAACAUCAGAAUUCUAUGAAAUAAUUGAACCUUGGCUACCUCACGGGGGCCCACAACAUUCGAUUCUAAAGCAAAGAGAAAACCCGAUGUAA